UUGUGUCUGGCUGGAUAGCCAGUCAGAGUAUGUAAGGAUGUUUUUUAUUUUCAAAUAUGUGCUUCUGUUUUUAGUGUUUGUAGAUUUGUUUGAUGUAAUCUGAUGUAUAUUAAUUUGGAAAAUAAAAAGAGCUGUCUAUCACUUUGCAGUUUCAGGUUAAUUGCAAAGGUUUUGUAAUGAUGAACAGCUUUCACACCACCAAAACUGUUGAAGAAAUAUUACUCUAGAGGGGGAUAGGAUUUGCCAACAUAAACAGCUAAAGAGAGACAUCUUGUGGCCUUCUGUUGAAAUUUGAGAAGAUAGAGAAGCAAAACGUAUAUGUACAUUGUGAAUAUUUAGUACUUGUGUAUUGUUUUGUUGUUGUUGUUGUUGUUGUUGUUGUUGAGAAGGAAACCGCCAGGCAGAUCCAACUUUGAUUUAAACAUGUUUUUAAUCACCUGUAUUCAAAUAUAGAAAAUAUGCAAUUGGCAGCAUACUCGAAUCUGGUAAACGGUAAAACUUAAUAAAAACAAUAUUAUAAUAUAUCGUUGAAAACAUUAUGAAGAACCACGUGAUUUGAGGUAAAGAGCGCUUGGCUCCUGUAGAGGUAAAUAAUGCAAAAGCGCUUGAGUGAGAAACCAGGAAGUAAGAAGCGGCCGCUGCGCCAAGUUCAAUGGAGGACUCAGUACAUGACAAAACUAUUGAAGCAGCCGAAGCACUGCUGCACAUGGAUUCACCAGCCAGUCUGCAGGGGGAUCGCAGCGCAGAGGAGCUUUUAUCUGAGGUGGAAGUGGAGGUGAGAACUGAGGAUGUAGGACCUGCUACAAAGGACAUUGUUGUUCUGCAGCAGACAGAAUUACUGAAGAAGAGAAGAGGACGAAAACCUAGAACUCCACGAAAUUGCUCUGAUGGUUCACUGGAUCUGGUCUAUAAGAGGAAAUCAAAAGAUAGCAAGGGUUCGACUACUUAUCUAUGGGAGUUCCUGUUGGACCUCCUGCAGGAUAAGGAAACAUGUCCAAAAUACAUAAAGUGGACUCAGAAAGAGAAGGGCAUUUUCAAGCUUGUGGAUUCCAAAGCAGUGUCUAAAUUAUGGGGCAGACAUAAGAAUAAACCUGACAUGAACUAUGAGACAAUGGGGAGAGCGCUCAGGUAUUACUACCAGCGGGGCAUUUUAGCAAAAGUAGAAGGCCAAAGACUCGUGUACCAGUUUAAGGAGAUGCCGAAAGAUAUUGUCUUCAUAGAUGACGAUGACGAUGACAGCAUUGAUGAAGGACAGAAAGAAACUCCAGCUGCAGUUAAUCGCAGCAAUCAGAAGGGGAAAGUGGAGGUGGUCUCUUCCUCUACUGCUUUGCCUAAAAUCAUCAAUUUAACCUCAGGACAAGAUGCAUUUAUAACCCUGCAGCAGUCGACAGCCAACACAGCGACAGCCCCUGGGAUGGUAAGGCUGGCCAUGCAAGUCCCUUUUAUCAUGACAUCACAGGGUCAGAAAAUCUCCACAGUAGCGGUCAACUCUCCCACUGUUCGCUCUCAAUUCCUCCCCUCUUCCAGCUCACUUGUGGGAGGCAACACCACAGGCAAAGUGCUUCUCCAGGCUGUGCCGACGCUAAUACCAGCACAGCGCCAAACCGGCGAGAGAAUCACCUUGCAGCUCAUCACCCUUCCCAAUGUACCUGGCAAGGCUGGCACUCCCAUCGCACUGAGCACGCUUUCCCCUGUGACCACAAACACCCAAGUUCUGAAGCUUGCCGUCCCCUCUAACAUGGCUGCACCUGGAACCUCAGCUCCAGUUACUAUGGUGACCACGCAGCCAGCGGUGACUGUGGUGCAAAACAAACAGCCUGCAAUGUCUCUACAGGAUGUGACUAUUGUAAAGGUCGAGACUUCUGAAGUUACGGUUGACAGUUCUGCAGGGACCACUGCAGUUACACAGACAAUCCCCACAAACACACAGAGCUGAGUAAACAUUGACACGCAGGAACCAAUAACAGCACUUGUAAUGCAGAUGCUGAUAGUAAAAGUUGUAAUGAAUAACAGCCAGGGUCUUGGAAUGGUGGCUGUGUCUUAUGUGAAAUGGAUGAUCCAGCACUACAGCUCAGACACUCCCCAACACUAUAACCACCGUGAGUAGCCUCAAACCUGGGUUGGACAUUUGAAGGCUUUUUUCUUUCUUUCCUUACGUAAAUCUAUUCAAGUCUUGCUUUGUUAUAGCAAAGUGUCUGUGCUGUGAUGCUGUAGGAAUGAGCUUCACUUGGUGCUAAAGAUUGUAAGUCACAUGGGUGAAGAGUGGCCGCCAGCUGAGUUGCUUGUGCUCACCUGGA